CAAUUCAAUUUAAAGAAAAUUACAGUAUAGUUAGCUUUAUUUUAUUAUCUAUCAAUAUCACAAGUAGUCAAUUUGAAUUGCGGUCAAAUGACUAGAUUAGUGUUUUAAACGUCGAGCUCAGCACACGGGGACACGGCCUAAUAAACCGUGGCUAAGCAUAAUUGUGGAAGGCUGCGGACAGUUGAAUCGGAAUGAGUGGAGGGUGUUCUAGACUUAUUUAUUUGGUUAUAGUACUAAUAUGAAAUUGUGAUUCUUUCACUUAAGGAUUAAUCAUGGCUGAUAAUAAUUACACUUCUGGAAUUAUAGAAAAACAGUCACCUAAGCCAAGAGAAGAUCUUAUAGGAACAGCUAUCAAGUUUCUGCAAAAUCCAAAUGUCCAAAAAAGUUCCCUGGCAAGUCAGCAGGCAUUUUUGAAAAGAAAGGGUCUCACAGAUGAAGAAGUGCAUAUUGCUUGUGAACGUGCAGGUGCCAUUGGAAGCCCAAGCCAUAAUGGACAGUUACAGACAGUGCUUCAACAUACAGCUGCACCAGUGGCACCUCCAUCUUACAUGUUGCCACCUCCAUCUCAUUGGUCCCGGUUUCGAGAUGUUGUAAAUACAAUUGCAGUCAUAGGAGGCAUAACAUAUGGAUUGUAUCUGUUAUAUAAGAAAUUUGUAGAACCAUUCUUAUUUGGGAUAAAAGAGAAACAGAAGACUAUUGAAGAUUUAAUAUCAGAACUGAAUGAAGGAAUAAGAAAGGUUCAUACAGAUCUGGAGAGAAUUAGUGACCAACAGCAGCAACAGCCCGAACAGAGCAGUUCCGCUUCCAAACAAAUCCAGGAGUUGAAAGCAGAAAUAGCAACAGUCAAAGGACUUCUACUCAGCAGGCAUCAGUUUCCAGCUGCUGCUACCAGCAAUCCACUGGUUCCUCCUUCCAUUCCUGCAUGGCAGUUAUCAUCAUCCCCCCAAGUAACUGAUGGUGAUGAGGGAGAACAAGGACAGAAAGGAGAUGGUGAUAUAGAAGUGUGCACAAGUGGCUCAGGCUCUAGUGAAAAUGAAGUUGUCACCAACACUGGCAGUGAUAGCAGCCUUGAAAUGAUCAGGGAAUAGAAGGGGGGGGGGGCAGAGCCAAAGAUGUGUAUGGCUUCCAACACUGCUGGUAUCAGCCACUGAGAACAAAAAGCAGUUAAAAUGCUCCAAGUUCGGAAAGGGUGAUCAACAACUGAUGAUGCUUCAGAAAGAACUGUCAUGUGAUGCUAACCAAAAAGAAAGCUUUUAUAAACUCUAUAAACGUGAAUGCUACGUAUACAUUCAGUACAAAUAUAUGUGGACAUGAAAAGAGAAAUAAAGAAUACAGACACUUCAAAUAAUUUGCUUUGUUUUUCCACUCUUAAUGCUUGAAAUGAAGAAAAAGCACCAUAGAAAGUUUUAUUUGUACUGCGGUGUCAUGUUAUUUUGUCCAUUCUGUCUUUCCAGUGCAUCACAACAAUUAUAAUAACAUGAUGAUUUACAUAAACAAAAACAUUCAGCAGUGUAAUUUUUUUUCUGGCUAAAAUGAAGAUGGAGACAAUAUGAGAAACGAUCAGUACUUUUGUUUUACUAACAAUUAUGACAAAAAGCUAGUCUAAGUAUUUACAGCAUAAAUGUCAUCUUAACAUUCCCUUUUUCUUUACACAAUUACAAUGAAAACUGAGUAUGUCUAAAAAGGGAGGACUCAAAUCACUGGCUUCUGGAAAAAAGACAUGGGUCUGCAGAAUUGUAAUCCUGCUAUAUCAAUUGGUCUCUAAAACCUGUAUGAACACACAAUUAAAAUUACUAACAAUACAUAAUCACCACAUUCAUAAAAGGGGACGUUCUUAAUCCCCUUCUUUUGGAAGCAUGUUAUCCUUACAGCUUACUUUUAAAACACAGAAACAGGUCCCUACAGAAUCAACAUAUUAGUGCCUUAAAAUACAGAACACCAAACAAAAUUAUACUUCUCAAUACAGCAGUAUUUAGGGUCUUGUACCACAUUACAUUCAGGUUAGGAUAUCACAACUCAGUUCCAAAAUGUCACAAAGAACCAUUAUUUAAUCUCUUGGUCAA